CAAGUUUCCAAGUGGUCAACUUGACCGACAGUUUGUCAGUCGAGAAGGGCAGAAAGACUAGCGCUGGUGGGUGGAUAGGGAGAGAGAUCUAAGACUACUUCUUCCUGUGUGUGCGGGGGGCGGUGAGUAGAGGUCCAGAGAAGCAAAAAGACGGGGAAAGAAAAGGAGAGUGCUUCUGAUCAGUUUCCACCUCCUGCCUUCAAACUCAGUGCGCUUUCCUUGCGGAAAGUACGCUGGGUUCAGGGCGCGGGAGUGCGCGCCUCAGUGGCCCGCUUGUCGCCAGGUGGGUAGCCCAGCACCGGAGGAAGGGGAAGUUACCUUCCCCUCGGAAGAGGGCGCUGGCUCCCCCGUCCUGCCUUUAUAAUAAGGCUGCGAUAGGAGAGGAAGCAGCCAGCUGCCGUCUGCGCUUUGCAAAGCAUGCAGUUAGGGGAGCAGCUCUUGGUGAGCUCGGUGAACCUGCCCGGCGCGCACUUCUACCCGCUGGAGAGUGCGCGAGGCGGCACCGGCGGGAGCGCCGGGCACCUCCCGGGAGCGGCCCCCUCUCCCCAGAGGCUGGACUUAGACAAAGCGCCCAAGAAGUUUUCGGGCAGCCUCUCCUGCGAGGCAGGGAGCCGGGAGCCCGCAGCCACCGGCGCGGGGGCCCCCGCGGCCAUGCUCAGUGACGCCGACGCCGGGGACGCCUUUGCCAGCGCUGCGGCGGUGGCCAAGCCCGGACCCCCGGACGGCCGCAAGGGCUCCCCCUGCGGGGAGGAGGAGCUGCCCUCCGCCGCCGCCGCCGCCGCCGCAGCUGCCGCGGCCGCCGCUACCGCGCGCUAUUCCAUGGACAGCCUGAGUUCGGAGCGCUACUACCUCCAGUCCCCCGGACCUCAGGGCUCCGAGCUGGCCGCGCCCUGCUCGCUCUUCCCGUACCAGGCGGCAGCUGGGGCGCCCCACGGAUCCGUGUACCCGGCUCCCAACGGGGCGCGCUACCCCUACGGCUCCAUGCUGCCCCCCGGCGGCUUCCCGGCGGCCGUGUGCCCACCCGGGAGGGCGCAGUUCGGCCCGGGAACCGGCGCGAGUAGCGGCGCGGGAGGCAGCGGCGGCGGGGGAGGCGGCCCGGGCGCCUACCAGUAUGGCCAGGGGGCCCCGCUCUACGGGCCGUACCCCGGGGCGGCAGCGGCGGGUUCCUGCGGAGGAUUGGGGGGCCUGGGGGUUCCUGGCUCCGGCUUCCGUGCCCACGUCUACCUGUGCAACCGGCCUCUGUGGCUCAAAUUCCACCGCCACCAAACCGAGAUGAUCAUUACGAAACAGGGAAGGCGCAUGUUUCCUUUCCUGAGCUUCAACAUAAAUGGACUCAAUCCUACUGCCCACUACAACGUUUUCGUAGAGGUGGUGCUGGCGGACCCCAACCACUGGCGCUUCCAGGGGGGCAAGUGGGUGACCUGCGGCAAAGCGGACAAUAACAUGCAGGGCAACAAAAUGUAUGUUCACCCAGAGUCUCCUAAUACUGGUUCCCACUGGAUGAGACAGGAAAUUUCAUUUGGGAAAUUAAAACUCACCAAUAACAAAGGCGCGAAUAACAACAACACUCAGAUGAUAGUCUUGCAAUCUUUACACAAGUACCAACCACGUCUGCACAUUGUUGAAGUCACAGAGGAUGGUGUAGAGGACUUGAAUGAGCCCUCGAAGACUCAGACCUUCACCUUCUCAGAAACGCAGUUCAUUGCAGUGACUGCCUACCAAAACACUGACAUAACGCAACUAAAGAUUGAUCACAACCCCUUUGCAAAAGGCUUCAGGGACAACUACGACUCCAUGUACACCGCUUCCGAAAAUGACAGGUUAACUCCAUCUCCCACGGAUUCUCCUAGAUCCCAUCAGAUUGUCCCCGGAGGUCGGUACGGCGUUCAGUCCUUCUUCCCGGAGCCCUUUGUCAACACCUUACCUCAAGCCCGCUAUUAUAAUGGCGAGAGAACCGUGCCACAGACCAACGGCCUCCUUUCACCCCAACAGAGCGAAGAGGUGGCCAGCCCUCCCCAGCGGUGGCUGGUCACGCCUGUCCAGCAACCUGGGACCAACAAACUAGACAUCGGUUCCUAUGAGUCUGAAUAUACUUCCAGCACCUUGCUCCCGUAUGGUAUUAAACCCUUGCCCCUGCAGACCUCCCAUGCCCUGGGGUACUACCCCGACCCCACCUUCCCUGCCAUGGCAGGGUGGGGAGGCAGAGGUUCUUAUCAGAGGAAGAUGGCGGCUGGACUCCCAUGGACCUCCAGAACAAGCCCCCCUGUGUUCUCUGAAGAUCAGCUCUCCAAGGAGAAAGUCAAAGAAGAAAUGAGCUCUUCUUGGAUAGAGACGCCCCCGUCUAUCAAGUCUCUCGAUUCCAAUGAUUCCGGUGUAUACACCAGUGCUUGUAAGCGAAGGCGGCUGUCUCCUAGCACCUCUAGUAAUGAAAACUCCCCCUCCAUAAAGUGUGAGGACAUUAACGCCGAAGAGUACAGUAAAGACACCUCGAAAGGCAUGGGGGGGUAUUAUGCUUUUUACACAACUCCCUAGAGAGUUCUUUUAACCUCGUGAAAAUGAGCUAAUGAAAAUUUUGCAGAUGGACUUGGUGGUGUUUUUGUUGUCGUCUUUGCCUAGGUUGCCAAAAAGACCUUUGCCUUCCACCUUGACGCAUACUGUUUUGUGCAAUUCUCUAAAAGAAGGUGCCAAAGCGUUUCGAUUGCUGCAGGUAACUGAAACAAGCUUAGCCAUUUUUUUCCCUUUUUAAUAAAUUGAAUGGAGAACUUUCAAGUGUUUUAAAAUAUGAAGGUUAUUCAAAGUUAUGGAUUUAUUUAUUGGAGACUCUAGACAUUCAGAAAAUUGGGCUGUGAAGAUUGAGUGCCAUCAGAGAAGUUGAAAGCUUUGGUUCUCAUUUUUAUUUGUGACUCUAAGCAAAGGGAAGAAGCCCAAAGUGGUAGGUGGUUUUGCUUCUGCAAGAGAAAGGUGGGCCUUCAGCUUCCACAAGGAUUUUUUGCUAUUAACUCUUUGCUAGGGACAAAAGAUGUUAGGCCUGGGGGCAAGAGGAACUUGGGGAAGGUGCUGGUUUUACCUGACUUUGAUUCUUCCCAGGCUUCUGAAACAAGCCAUGUUUGCCCUAGUUAGGGAUUCCAGGCCUCUGCUGUGUGCUGGGUGGCUUGUAGGACUCAGGAGAGGGCAAGGGAAGGAGUGGCCAAAAAAAAAAAAAAAAAAAAAAAAAAAAAAAAGCCGGGGUGGGGGAGGGGGAGAAUUUUAAAGUGUACAGUUCUGUGUGCUUAGAUAUAUUGUAGAAUAAUGUGGAAAAUAUUGUACAAAUAGUCUACUGUAGGCUUAUGAGAUUAUUAUGUAAAAUUGGUGCUUUGGCUUUGUAAAGAAUUUGCAAAUCACCAGACAACACAGGUGUGGGAGAAGGGGAAGUUUCUCUCCUCUCCCCACAGCAUAUGGGAAUAUUCUGUUUACUUCUUAGUUGAGAAUGUAUUCAGCCUCUCUGUACUAACUUGAACCGAACCCGUGUCAAGGAAAACUCCCAUUUCAUCCUCUUCCUUCACCACCCCCGCUAUCCAACUCAGUAAUGUGAAGAAACAGAAACCCCACGCCACAGCUCCUAUAUAGGCUUUUUAGAGAUCUUGGAUUUUUAUGUACAGUCUAGUCAUUUUUAAUAAAUGUGGUUCAUUAAGGGAACAGG